AAGUAGGUCACAACCAGAAACCGUGCACUCACAUUUGUGACAGAAAUAGGGGGAGGGUCUCCCUAAAUAAAUACAACAGUAGCCUAGAUAGCAGACAUCCUGCAUUUCACGAUGUGGAAGUUCAAAGUUUCAAAGUUCAAAAAUACCACCCCUCAUCUGCCAAAAAAGGAGUUUUGGAUAAGUGAUUUGACCAUUGCAAAUUUGAUGCAGUCAUGUGGAAAUCACAUCAAGGCCAGCUGCACUCUGAUGGCAUUCAAUGGACCAUCAGCAGGUGGUGGAAGUGUGUCUGUGCUCCCCUUGGAUUCAGCAGGAAGACAGGCCAAGACAAUGCCUUUAGUGCAGGCACAUGCCGAUUUUGUAUCUGAUAUGGAUUUUAGUCCUUUUAAUGAUAAUCUUCUUGCAACUGGAUCUUUUGAUUGCACGGUGAAGUUAUGGGACAUUCCCGAUGGGGGUCUGACAGAGAGCAUACAUGACCCUGUGCUGUGCCUGCCUGCAGAAGGCAGGAGAAUAGAGAAUGUACUGUGGCAUCCAUCUGCUGACAACAUCCUCACUGUCUCCUCAGGGACUCAUGUUAAGAUAUGGGAUGUUUCACAGCCAAGAGAGCUCUAUGCACUGGAUGACCAUGAAGACCAGGUCCUAAGUAUGUCUUGGAAGGGAGAUGGCAGUCUGCUGGUCACUUCGGCCAAAGAUAGAAAGAUCAGAAUAUUUGACCCUAGAGCAGGAUCUAAGACAGAGGAAGUGGAAGGCCAUGCAAAUGCCAGGGAUUCCAGAGUGGUGUGGCUUGGAGACUCCAUGAACAUCGCGUCGACAGGAUUUAGUUCUAACAGAGAUAGGCAAGUUAUUUUGAGAGACAUCCGAAAGAUGAGUGAACACCUGCACGUAUCUGACAUUGACAACGCAACUGGGACUCUAAUGCCACUGUUUGACCCAGAUACUAAUAUGCUUUUCCUUGCUGGCAAGGGGGACAGAAACUUGAAAUUUGUCGAAGUUCAGGACAAAGCUCCAUAUUUGACAGAGGGAACAGCAGAUACUGUGGAGCAAAUAAAAGGGGCAGCAAUGAUCCCUAAAAGAGCUGUUGAUGUGAUGAUUGGAGAAGUGAGCAGAAUCCUCAUACUGUCACAGUCUGCUGUUGUCCCGGUGCCUUACAUAGUGCCCAGAAAGUCUUACACAGAGUUCCACGCAGACUUGUUUCCUGACACCAAUGGCGGACAGGCAGCCAUGACAGCUGAAGAGUGGUGUGCUGGAGAGAAUAAACUGGUUGAAAAGAUAAGUCUUGAUCCAUCAAAGAGAAAAGAUAAAGUUGCUAAGAAAGAGACAGUGCCACCACCAAAACCAGAACUUGUAGUAAAGCCAGUGGAGCCAGUGGUUACUGAGGUCAAGCAGCCACCUGCAGAACCUGUACCAGAACCAAAACCAGACGAACCUAAGGUAGUAAAGUCAGAGAUGAAGAUAGAACUGAAGAGAUCCUCGGUCAGCACGCCAGAGGCUAGCAAGCCAGCUGUCCAGCCAGAAAAACCUCCAGCAAAGCCCUCGGCUCCUGCGCAGCCAAGGAAAGCAAGUGUAAAGCCUUUCAAAGGAGUCAGGUUGUCCAAGUUCCGCUAUCUCAAAGGCACACCAGCUCACAAGUCGCAGCACAUCGAAAACAUCCGUAACAGUAGUACCACAGUCCCAGGGGAGAGUGAUGCUUUCCAUGCCAACAAGGAGGUGUGUGCUGUGCCUCUGAGGGGGGCUGGCGGACUGAUUGCUAUCUGCGAGUUAAAUAAGCCUGGUCGUCUGCCAGAUGCAGGGCUUCCAGUAUUACAACAUGGCAACACAGUGAUGGACUUUAUGUUUGAUCCUUUCAACAACAGAAAGCUGGCUGUUGCCACUAUUGAUGCUAAAAUCUGUAUCUGGACCAUCCCUGUGGAGGGCCUCACAGAGACCUUGACAGAACCCACCCAGUGCCUUUAUGGUCACAGAGAAAAGAUAUACUUCAUCCGCUACCAUCCCCUGGCAGAAAAUGUCCUUGUUUCUGGUUCCUAUGACAUGACAAUUAGAUUAUGGAACCUGGAGACCAACCAAGAGAUGAUGUGCAUAGAUGUGCCAGAACAUAUGUUUUGCCUUGCGUGGAGUGGGGAUGGGAAGAAAUUUGCCACAGUUAGUAGUGACAAGACAGUCAGAAUUUAUGAACCAAGAGUAACAACACUACCAAUUCAGGAGGGUCCUGGACCAGCAGGUCAUAGGGGCGCCAGGGUGUGCUGGGCAUGUCAGGACAAAUACUUAGCAGUGUCAGGGUUUAACACGCAGAACACAAGGAUAGUAUCUUUGUAUGACACCAGUGAUCUUGCUGCAGGGCCUUUGAACAUAGUAGAUUAUGAAACAACGCCAUCGAUCCUUGUGAUGAAUUAUGAUGAGGGGUCUUCCACAAUCUUCCUAACUGGAAGGGGUGACAGUGUUGUCCAUGCACUAGAAGUGAGUGAGGAUGAGCCUCACCUGUUCCAGCUCUCAGACUACAGGCCAGAGGGAAGGCAUCAGGCCCUGGCUUUUUUGCCAAAAUCUGAGAUAAAUGUGAGAGAGGUGGAGUUUGCCAAGGCUCUCAGGUUCACUGGGGCCACUGUGGAACCUGUAUCAUUUACUGUGCCUAGAGUGAAGCCCCAGUUUUUCCAGGAUGAUCUCUUUCCUGAUACCAGAGUGACUUGGGAGCCAUGUCUGACUGCUGAGGAGUGGUUUAGAGGAGAGGACAGGGUGCCCAGAACUAUCAGUCUAAGACCUCCUGACAUGGAACCAUUGAGUAAAUCAAAACCAGAGGCACCAAAACCGAAAAAAUUUGAAAGCUACAAUGCAACUACUUACAAGACAGAUGAGCAAAAGAAGGAAGAGUUGCUCACUGCAAUGGGCAGCAAGCUAGAAGAUAAACAAGGGGUGCCUCUGCCUCAGGACCUUGCCGAGGGCGUAGAGGACGAUGAGUGGGACGAUUAAAGACACUCGCAAUUCACACAUUAACUGUUAUGACAGUUACUUACCUAUACCAGAUAGUUUUAGGUGACAUUUUGUCUGAAGAUAUUCUGAUAUUUGUUGUCUGCAGUUGAGUGCAGUUUGGUGAUGUUGCCAUUCCAAUAUUAUGUUGAGGGAUAAUGGUGAACAGGUUGAAAACAAUGAUUAUUGCAUGAAACAAAAAGGAUGGAGAAUUCCACUAUUUUGAAAUGUGAAGUUUCAAAGGCAAGGUGCAUUGUUAUCAGGUUUUGUAAGUUCAUUACUAAAUGUCUGUAUUAUUCUGUGUUAUUCUCCUUGUUACAUUUUGACUGCUGAAUGAAUGUUUUGUGUACUCAUUUACAAUUUAAGCUCUCCACAACUACUGCACUUAAUCAAUUAUUAUUUGCCUUUGUUGCUGUCACUGAAGUUCAAGAAUGCAAAUGCAAUUACUGAUAUUUUCAUAUCGACUUUUUACAAAUGGUAUCCUGGAUAGAUCUAAUACAGUCAGAGUGACAAAAUUCUUCUGAUUACUUUCCAUGUAAAACUUUGGUGCUAUGAACUGAUCACUACUAUCAGUAUAUCCAACUGCAUACAAAAUAGUAUUCACUUUUUUAUAUAAAAAAAUCUGUAUUAUCAGAAAGUAGAAAGUGCAAAAGAUGAACUAGACCAAGAAAGAAGAUCUUAUUUCUUAACACAGAUGUAAUCUAAUUGGAAUCCACAUAUAUCAGCAAAUGUUGAUGUUUUCUAUUUUUUCACUUGUAUACUAAAACCGAUCUCAGUUUUUGCAAUGCCCAAACAGGGCGGGCAAAAUAAUGUAAUAUCCACUAAUUCCAUGUCUCAUUCCCCAGACUUGUUCUUGAUUCUCAUUUCUGAUAACCCUUUUGAAUAACACAGCUUUACUUUGCUUUUAAAGAUA